GAGCAGGCAGAGCCACGUGCUAUGAGCACCUCGGGUCUGUUCCGUUUUCCUACCCCACUGACCAGAGUGUGCAUGGUGCCCUGGGGACUCCGGCUCUGCGAGAAGCCGAAACUCUUAUCCCCUGGAGCAGCGGUCGCUCCAGUCCAGGCAGCAGGCAAGAAGGACCACCCUGCUCUGCUCUCCCUGGAUGAGAGUGAACUUAAAGAGCAGUUUGUAAAAGGACACGGGCCAGGCGGCCAGGCAACCAACAAAACAAGCAACUGCGUGGUGCUCAGGCACGUCCCCUCAGGCAUCGUCGUCAAGUGCCACCAGACUAGAUCCGUCGAUCAAAACAGAAAGCUAGCUCGGAGAAUCCUGCAAGAGAAAGUGGAUGUUUUCUACAACGGUGAAAACAGUCCUGUUUACAAAGAAAAACGAGAGGCAGAGAAGAGAAAGCAAGAAAGGAAAAAAAGAGCAAAGGAGACCCUAGAGAAAAAGAAACUCCUGAAAGAACAAUGCGAAUCAAGUAAAAAUGUGCCCAGAGAAAGGACUGCAGAUUCUGACUGA